AUGGCAACGAGGCCUGUCGAUAGGAGCCACGCUGUGUGCUGCGAGCUCAAUGAGAUCAGCGAGACUAGCCGUGCAACCAGAGGGCUCGUCUCCUCGCUGACUGCGCUCGUCAACACCAUCUCGGGCGGCGAGCCGCCCUCAGCACCUCGCCGGCGUGAGCAGGAGUCACUCGAUGCUGGCGAUGUGCUGGCGGGCCUGCGAACCGACUUUGAAGAGAACGAAUACCUCUGGAGCGGUCGCAUCACGGCGGAGCUAUACGACGAGGACUGCACCUUCACGGACCCGACGCUCUCCUUCGCGGGUCUGAGCACCUUUGAGCGCAACCUCGCGAACCUCGACCCGUGGAUCGAGCGAUUUGUCCCGCCCACCGCUCGCUCGGUCGAGCUCAAGUCGCUGCGCCUUGUAGACGACGGUGCGGCGGUCGAGGCGGAGUGGCGGAUGCUGGGCGACCUCGCGCUGCCGUGGCGGCCGAGGCUCGACCUCGGCGGGCGCACGCGAUACACCCUCGGCGGCGAGGGUGGACGCAUCUCUUCCUACGACGAGGCGCGGGCCAGAGAGAGAUGGCACAGAGAGGCGUGGGCGAUCACUCCGAGCGAGGCGCUUUGGAUGCUCGUCCGGCCCUAUCGGGGCGACGGCGGUGAGGGCUGA